CUUCCUCUUCGAUGAGGAAAGGAAAGCGUUCAGCUCAGCAGCAGAGCCGUCGUCCUCUUCCCGCUCAGUUCUCAAGCUCCGUCCUCUGCCUCCGGCUUGCAGGGCAGGGCCCGUCUUCUCAUCUCCCUCUUUCCCCAGUUCCGGCUGUUGAGACCUUCCCAUUGAACAUUUUACAUAUGAAGGCCGACAGAGGACGCAGCUGUUAGCUUCUUCUGCUGUCCUCGGUGAUGUUGCGGCCAUGGAGGAGUCGGGCACUUUCAGCUCGCAACGUCCUGCGGUCUCUCGCUGCUGACGGUUCAGUGGGGCACCUGCAAGAGCUCAUCACAGUCGAUUCAGCUGCCACUCGUACUUCGUCCGGCAGAGGCUCUUUGGUGAAUGUGAUUCUUGCUAAUGGCAAUCCAGGCUCACUCCUUCCUCCACGAGCUCACUCCGCCGGAAGUAGUGUCAGGGGAUUUUGCACCCUUGUGGAAGAUGUGCUAUCUUCCUCGGGCUCUGCUUCUUCUCCCAAAAACGGAGGCAGAGUUCGAACGGUAGACUUCACCAAAGUCGAUGUCAACCGUCUCCCAACUGUUAUUCUCGUGGGCCGCCCGAAUGUCGGCAAGUCUGCCUUGUUCAACCGUCUGAUUCGGAGGAGGGAGGCUCUAGUGUACAACACUCCUGAAGAUCAUGUCACUCGGGAUAUCAAAGAAGGUGUCGCCAAGUUGAGCGAUUUGCGGUUCCGAGUGCUCGAUUCUGCUGGUCUUGAAAUGGCAGCUUCAUCUGGGUCUAUACUCGAUCGAACGGCUACUAUGAUUGCAAAAGUGCUUUCUAGGUCUCAGUUCGCAAUCUUCCUCAUUGAUGCGAGAGUUGGGUUGCACCCAAUGGAUGCGGAGGUUGGAAGAUGGUUACGGAGACAUGCUCCUGGAAUCAAACCUAUAGUGGUUAUGAAUAAAUCCGAGUCACUGGAUGAUGCUAGUGGCUCUCUUACAACAGUAACUGUAGAAGCUCGUAGGUUAGGCUUUGGAGAUCCUAUUGCAAUCUCUGCAGAGACUGGACUUGGCAUGGCAGAUCUUUAUCAAGCCCUAAGGCCUCUACUUGAGGAUUCUAUGCGUCGGAUGUCAAAAGAUGAAUGUAGUGAAGAAAAUAGCUCUUGUGAGGAAACCAGCUGCUGUGAGAAUGAUGAAUCCAAGUUGCCGUUGCAGCUGGCAAUCGUAGGAAGGCCAAAUGUUGGGAAGUCGACAUUGCUUAAUGCUUUGCUGGAGGAAGAUCGUGUUGUGGUUGGCCCUGAGGCCGGUCUGACACGAGAUUCAGUUAGAGUUCAGUUUCAGUUUCAGGGUAGAACUGUCUAUCUGGUUGAUACUGCUGGUUGGCUGCAAAGGACAAGACAAGAGAAAGGACCAGCCUCCUUGAGCAUCAUGCAAUCAAGAAAGCAUCUCAUGCGAGCUCAUGUGGUCGCACUAGUGCUCGAUGCCCAAGAGAUUGCGCAAGAAAAACGAAGUAUGAAACAUGCUGAAGUAGUAAUAGCUAGGCAAGCCGUAGACGAAGGUCGGGGUCUUGUGGUUAUUGUGAACAAGAUGGAUCUCCUGAGAGGGAAGAGGAACUCUGCGCUAUAUGAGAAAGUCAUGCAAGCUGUUCCAGAAGAAAUUCAAACGGUUAUUCCCCAGGUUACUGGGAUACCAGUUGUGUUCACAUCGGCACUGGAAGGGAGGGGUAAAAUGGCAGUCAUGCAUCAGGUAAUAGAUACCUAUGAGAAGUGGUGCUCGAGGUUGCCGACGGCACGUCUCAACCGUUGGUUGCGAAAGGUCAUGAGCAGGCACUCGUGGAAGGACCAGGCUGCUAAGCCCAAGAUCAAGUACUUCACCCAGGUGAAGGCCCGCCCCCCGACCUUUGUUGCCUUUGUCAGCGGGAAGACGCGGCUCUCAGACACGGACAUCAGGUUCCUGACGAGGUCGUUGAAGGAAGAUUUCAACUUGGGUGGGAUUCCCGUCAGGAUCAUGCAGCGAUCCAUGUCAAGAAAUGACGAGCUCAGCAGCAGCAGCAACAGCAGUAAGCCGUCUUCAAGCCGGGCAGUGACUGCGAGGACCUUUUCCGACAAGCGAACUGUUGCUGCUGCUUAAUUAGGGGGAAACCAUGGAGGAUUCCAUGCAAAUGCACAUAUGUAUUAAUAAUUUUUGAAGUAUGUAAUAUUAUUAGGGGAAGUUCGGAUAUCACUCAUUAUCUUUUUUUUUUUUUGCAUCACUUGAUAUUCGGAAGC